AACUUGAAAAGGGCGAAAAUAAAUAACACUAGCUUGUUAUCAACAGAGGAGUGAUUCACAGUUGUGUGUUUCGUAUUUAAUUAAACGUCAUUUUCUGUCAAAUUUUCGAUUCAAUUGAUCCUCCAUUUUUAUAAAUAUACUAAUCGCCACUGAAGUAUUGCUACUGCCUCAAAAUGAUAGCUCUUAUUAACAGGUUUCUUGAUUGGAUCAAGAGUUUGUUUUGGAAGGAAGAAAUGGAGUUGACUCUUGUUGGUCUUCAAUACUCCGGUAAAACAACGUUUUUGAAUGUUAUCUCAAGUGGACAGUUUUGUGAAGAUAUGAUACCCACCGUAGGAUUCAAUCUGAAGAAGGUGACGAGGGGAAACGUUACGAUAAAACUGUGGGAUUUAGGAGGACAACCGAGAUUUCGCAGUAUGUGGGAGCGAUAUUGUCGAGGAGUAAAUGCUAUAGUCUAUAUGGUUGAUGCCGCGGAUCUUGAAAAAAUAGAAGCUUCUCGUAAUGAGUUACACAAUUUAUUAGAUAAACCUCAACUAGCUGGCAUUCCUGUUCUUGUUCUCGGCAAUAAGCGCGACUUGCCAAACGCCUUGGAUGAGAAAGAGAUCAUUGAACAAAUGAAUCUCUCUGCUAUUCAAGAUAGGGAAAUUUGUUGUUAUUCUAUAUCUUGUAAAGAGAAGGAUAACAUAGAUAUCACCUUGCAGUGGCUCAUUUCACAUUCAAAGUCAAGUAGUCACUGAACAUAUGUUAAAGACUGCCUUUUACCACGUAAAAUGAAAUGAUGUAUGGUGUGAAUGUUAUACUAACUAUACAUGGAAUGCUUAAAAACUGUCGCAGAAUUGUCAUCAGAUUGUGAAUAAAGGUAUUACUUUCUUGGUAAAGUAGUUAAGUGACUUUCAUAUGAGUAAAAUGUUAUUUUAGCUGUAAGUUGUCAGUGUCUUAACUUUGCGUUUCACUGAGGCCAAGCAUUAAAUGUAUAGCAGGAAACUGUUUAUUUGUGAUUGUAUUUUAGUCAGUGAAAAUUACACUUUAUAUAGUUCAUUUAUGUUAUUUUCUGUAAUGUGAUUUUGUAGUGUAUCCAUUUUUAGUUACUUUUCCCUACUGGUUUAUGGAAUAUAUCUAUAUAUAACUUAUAAUCUUUUGCUAUCUGAAUAAUAACUGUGCAUUGAAUGCUAAGAUUCAAUUUAUUUAUAUAUUUUUUCUGCUGUUGUUCCUUUGAAAUCAGAUGAUUUUCUAUUUGCUGACACUUUUUGAAGUUAAAUUUGAAAAAUUAUGCUGUAGUUGUAGUGAUUAAUUAAUGAUGGAACUUUAUUGCUGUUAUUCAGCUUUGUGAAAAUAUACUUUUUACCAGCAUAAUCCUUUGUCUUGAAUAAAAAUUUCCAUGCUAAA